ACCAUCUACUCAAAAAUAAAAUUCUGGACAUGUCGGUGCUCAACGCAAGGUGCACUGCAGCCCUCCGCAGGUCGUUUUCAUGUCGUCGCCACAUCACCACACAGCAGCUUCAUCCCUGUCUCCGCGACUUUGCUUCAGCCUUGGCUGUUAAGCAGCCGUGCUUCUCUCUGGCUUCCAAGGACGUUCAUAUACUCCAUGAGCCAGCUCAUUUUUACUCUAGAUUGCUGGGAAUAAUACGUCGGGCACGUAGGAGAAUAUUUCUGUCUUCCUUGUACAUAGGAUCAGAGGAACGCGAACUACUUGAUGCCUUAGACUCUGCACUGCGAGAAAACCCUGGCCUCCACGUGUACUUGCUUCUAGACUACAACCGUUCCACCCGUCCCGGCGCUUCCUCACCCGUUCUUGCACUUCUCCCGCUUUUGCGCAGUCAUCAGAAACGCGUGCACGUGUCUUUGUUUCGCAGUCCAAUGCUUUCCCGAUUGGCAACAAGUGUAGUACCUCCACGUUUCAAAGAAGGCUGGGGCACUUGGCAUGCAAAGCUUUACGGCUCUGACGACGAAGUCAUUGUCAGUGGCGCUAAUUUGAACAGGUCGUAUUUCACGAACAGGAAGGACCGGUACCUGCAUUUUAAUUCUCAACCUAUUCUCGCCGAUUAUUGCUUCUCUUUCUUGCGCCUAAUAUCUGGGUUUUCAUAUCAGUUAGCACUUCCGGAUCCGGCAUCCACUGAGCCGGUAAUAAUAUGGCCUGAUCCUUGCACUAAUCCUUGGAAAAUUCAACCGCUCGUGGAACAUUCGCUUUCGAAGUUCCAGUCAAGUCACUUAACGUCGGCCACAUGCCGUCAUAAAAGUGGCGAUGUGCUCUUAUUUCCCAUGAUCCAAGGGGGCCAAUUCAAUAUUCGAGAGGAAGAACGUACGGUGUCUCUGCUUUUCCAACAUCUAGCGCCAUAUAUAUCCUCUUCCGUUGUACCUACGCCCUUAAUGAAUCUAACGAGCGGCUAUUUCGGUCUGUACCGGCCCUAUCAGGAACAAAUUUUGAAAUCCUCCGUCGGUUGCAACAUCUUGGUCGCCAGUCCGCAGGCAAAUGGUUUCUACGGAUCCCAUGGAUUAUCUGGCCUGAUACCUGAAGGAUACACUCUACUGGAACAACGGUUCAUGCGAGCAGUUCGUGCUGCCGGGCGAGAUGCCGGUCCCGAAGGUGACUCUUCCAGCGCCGUUCGGCUUUCUGAGUGGGUAAGAGAAGGCUGGACUUACCAUGCGAAGGGCAUAUGGUUCUCUCCCUCGCAAAGUUCACCUCCAGUCCUCACCCUCUUCGGUUCGACGAACUUGAAUUCCCGUUCCGCAAAUUUGGACACCGAACUAUCCUUUGUCAUGCUGACAUCCUCAGAGGCCCUUCGGAAGAGUCUUCAAGCAGAAGUUAAUGGAUUAUGGCAAUGCGCCGUACCGUGGCGAGGCGCGGAAAGACAUGUACGCUGGAGGACGAGGACUAUCGUGGGUAUGGUUGGAGGUAUGCUUUAGCUCGCAAUUCUGCCGGUGUACCGCAAUCCCACCUCUUCACAAAUUAUCAUACUGCACGAUUUGCUGCGUGACUCGGUAACCAGC